UUUUUUUUUUCUUUUGCUUAUUAAACAUGUUGCGAUCUGUUCAAUCUUCCAUUAGACCCUUGAUAACCUUACUUCCCAAGUGUACACCACGUCCCUGGGUUACAAUACCAAAGCGACUCGUAUGGCAACCACUUCAAACGAACACUCAAAGUGCUUGUUUCCAUGCAUGGACACCCUUACGUAAAGAACAAGAUCCUGACACACAAGACAAUGUCUAUAAACGACAAAUGCUUAUUGGCUUUACUUGUAAAGUUUGCGAAGAGCGUUCUCAUCAUACCAUGUCCAAACACGCCUAUACAAAAGGUGUUGUGCUAAUCCAAUGUCCAGGUUGCAAGAAUCGUCAUUUGAUUGCAGACAAUCUCGGUUGGUUUAGAGACAGCAAGACAACAGUGGAAGAUCUUGUAAAAGAAAAAGGCGAAGCUAUUCGUAAAGUGAUCGUAGACGAGCAUGGUGUAGAGCGCUUAGGUGAUUUAAUGGAAUGGUUGCCCGAUAUUACAGAACAAGAACGAUUGAGAAUGGAACAAGCAAAGAAGAAGCAAUAAACUUUUAUUGUAUUGUAUCAUAAUAAAGAUAGACAAACAUAGCCAUGAAUAACUG